AAAUGGAUUCUGAAGCACUUAAAAAAUACUCAGCGUUACAUCCUAAACCUGCUGGACUUACCCUUCAGUAUGGCACCGCUGGAUUUCGCACCAAGGCCGAACAGCUUGAUCACAUCAUGUUCCGCAUGGGCUUGCUGGCAGUUCUCAGGUCCAAAGCCGUGGUAUCUACUAUUGGCAUCAUGGUUACAGCAUCUCACAAUCCUGAAGAAGACAAUGGCGUAAAGCUGGUUGAUCCUCUUGGUGAAAUGCUGCAUCCUUCCUGGGAAGAGUAUGCCACGCAACUAGCAAAUGCGGAGGAACGAGAAUUACAGAAAAUAGUAACUGAGAUCUGUCAAAAAGCAGCAGUGAACCAGCACAAAGAUGCUUCAGUUUUUAUCGGUAGAGACACCAGGCCAAGCAGCGAGAAACUCUCACAGUCAGUAAUAGAUGGUAUCUCCGUUCUAGGUGGUCAGUACCAUGAUUAUGGUCUGGUGACAACACCACAGCUACAUUACAUGGUCUGCUGUCGAAACACCCAAGGGCAGUAUGGGAAAGCAACACUGGAAGGUUAUUACGAAAAACUAUCCAAAGCUUUUAUGGAACUGAUAAAACAGUCUCCCAGCUCUGGAGAGAGUCAGAGGCACCUGAAGAUUGACUGUGCCAAUGGAAUAGGAGCCCUGAAACUAUCAGAAAUGGAGCCCUACUUUCCAAAGGAGGUGCUAAUUCACCUAUAUAAUGAUGGAACCAAGGAGAAACUCAAUCACUUAUGUGGUGCAGAUUUCGUAAAAGUUCACCAGAAACCACCUAGAGGGCUAGACAUGAAGCCCAAUGAGAGAUGCUGCUCAUUUGAUGGCGAUGCAGAUAGAAUUGUUUACUACUAUAAGGACGCAACUGGCCAUUUUCACCUAAUCGAUGGAGAUAAAAUAGCAACUUUAAUUAGUAUCUUCCUUAAAGAUCUUCUUGCCAAGGUGGGACAGACUUUAAAGAUGGCAGUGGUACAAACAGCAUAUGCCAAUGGGAGUUCAACACGCUACCUUGAGGAAACACUGAAGGUACCUGUGCACUGUGUCAAAACAGGAGUGAAACACUUGCAUCACAAGGCCCAGGAGUUUGACGUUGGUGUUUAUUUUGAGGCAAACGGACACGGUACAGUAUUAUUUAGUAAAGCUGCUGAAACUAAAAUAAGGCAACUGGCAAAAGAGGAGAAAGAUGACAAAAAAAGAGAAGCAGCGAAGGUGCUUGAAAACAUGAUUGACCUGAUUAAUCAGACAGUUGGUGAUGCCAUCUCAGACAUGUUGGUUAUUGAAGCAAUCCUGGCUUUGAAAGGUCUGACUGUGCAACAGUGGGACGCCGUCUACACCGACCUGCCGAAUCGGCUGCUCAAAGUUCAGGUUGCGGACAGGCGAGUUAUUGACACAACGGAUGCAGAAAGGCGUGCAGUUACACCUCCGGGACUACAAGAGAAAAUUGAUGCGCUUGUAAAGAAGUACAAAUUGUCACGAGCGUUUGUCCGUCCAUCGGGAACAGAAGAUGUAGUUAGGAUAUACGCUGAAGCAGACACACAGGAGAACGCGGAUGCCCUCGCCCAUGAAGUAAGCCUGGCUGUUUACCACCUCGCUGGUGGAAAGGGAGCACCACCCCAGCCUAUAUAACGAGUGAUACAACUGCAGUUCAAGUUCAUAACUUGACUUAUUUUUUAGUAUUACUUUCUUCACUGUCUCCAACCCUUCCUGAGAGUAGCAAGGAUUAAUCAGAACUGAGCGGAAUAUUAUUCUGCUUAUUCUUUACCUCUGUUAGCAACUUACCUCUUAAUGAGAUGCUCUUGCUGCUGAAUGUUUUCCCCACCCCCCUGAGUUUGUCUAACUUCUGAAGCUGAAGUGACUUACUUAGAGGUGACUCACUUCUUGACAGUCAGUGGCCUCGUCAUGCCCAGAAGGAAUUCUGCUCCCCACCCAGCUUAUUUCAUAGGGCAUCGUCACGUUGUGCCUGACGUCCAACUCCCACACCCUCAGCGCACUUGCGGUAGCUGCGUUUUUGACUCGAGCUCUGUUGUGACUGUGCUCGCAGUAGCUGCAGCACAGCACACUGCUGCAGAAACAUCAUCUCCCACCUUCCCAUGGCAACUGAAUCAUCUGUGGGCAAACACUAUAAGGCAGAGGCUGGCACUGGUCUUGAGAUUCAGUUCACCUCAGUUCAAGGAGGAAACAAUAUAAUGAAAGAGCAUUUGCAAGUAAUGACAUAUAAUUGCAGUAUGAUCUUCAUUAGAUACUUUUAUGAAAUUAAAGUGUUGCUUAGAAAGCAAUUUGCAGUAAUAGUGUUUAUAAUCGCUUUUAAGAGGGAAGGGACAGAGACAAGUUUGUCUUCUGCAGCCCAUACUACUCCCCAGCAGUGUGAAGGGGCAGGGGCCAACAGGAUGUAGUGUUUUAAAUACAUAAGUAUCCCUCCCUCCACAUAUUUCGGUUCAGGGUAGCUACCUCUGACAAACGUAUUUUUCAUUGUAGUCCUGUAUUAAUUCCUGGCAUGAUGGCACUUUCUGGAUUGCUAAAUAAGCACAAGUUCCAAAAAAAAAAAAAAA